UCUGUAUUCACUCUAUAAUCCCGCAUUUUGAGCAAAUGUGUAAACAAUUUCUGCCGUAUAUUCUCCCUAUGGGUACUAGAUUCUUUGCGAACCCAUUUCCGGAUUACGGUGGUGGGCCGAUUCAGCGAUGUGAUGACCAUAUUAAGGGACUGAUUCAAUCAUACGUAAACUUGAUAGUUGAAAAUACCAAGCCCGACCGCAACACCGACCAACGUGGGGAUUUAUAUGUGGGGGAUGCGGGAAUUGCCUACAUGUUCUUGAAGCUUCACGAUGCGGGAAUAUUUGGACAGGAAGCGUUGCAGUAUGCUAAGCAGUAUAUCAUUAACGCCAAAGCACUGGCUGCGAGGUACGCGGCACGACCCGAGGAACGUUGCUCGUUUUUAUGCGGCAACGCUGGCGUGUACGCAGUGUCAGCGGCCAUUGCUCACCGGCAUAACGCGAAGCAAGAAUUAGACGAAGAUCUGCGCUGCUUUGCAACCGGCAUCGAGGUUUGCAAGCGCCUCGAUUUUAACAAGAACGGCAGCGACGAGAUUCUGUUUGGACGGGCCGGAUACCUGUCCGGCAUCUAUUGGCUGCACCAGACGAUCGAUCGCAAGCUUUUCUCCCAGGAAGUGCUGAGUGUCAUCUGCACCACUACCCUCGAGAGUGGCAAACGCCAUCGGACCGGUCUUCUACCUCUCUACUAUCAGUGCUACGGGGACGAUUACCUUGGGGCCGCCCACGGGACAUCCGCUAUCAUGCACAUGUUGCUCGAGUCACCUCUGCAGCUAAACCUGAGCAGCGUGGAAAUGUCGCUAGUCAAGAACACGGUCGAUGGGCUGCUCGGACUGCAGGACAGUGAGGGCAACUUUCCGACCACGCUGCAGGACUGCGUGAGGCGUACGCGCAGCGAAUCGCUCGUGCACUGGUGCCACGGUGCGGCCGGCAUAGUUUACCUGAUGGCCAAAGCAUAUCUCGUGUUUCAGGAGCAGCGCUACCUGCAGUCGUGCAUUCGCAGCGCGGACCUCGUGUGGCGGAAAGGGUUGCUGCGUAAGGGACCCGGCAUCUGCCACGGUGUGGCCGGUAGUGGAUACGUUUUUCUGCUGCUCUACCGGCUCACGUCUGAUCCGAAGUAUCUGCACCGGGCGCUCAAGUUCAUGGAAUUUCUGACGCACGAGGAAUUCAUUCGGAAUGCGCGCAACCCGGACUGUCCGUUCAGCUUGUACGAGGGCUACGCCGGAACGGUGUGCUUUCUCAUCGAUCUGCUGCGCCCGGAAAAGGCCGCCUUUCCGUUUAUGGAUGUGUUUGAAAAAAAAUUCUAA